CGAGCGAACCUGGCCAGGCUGCCCGGGUCCUCACUGACCAGCAGCAGCCAAUAUACUGCAUUUCUGAGGGGGUGGACCAGGCUUUGGGACAGUGACGCUAAUGUGUAUUUACUCACCCGUGUAUCAGUGGGAAUAAGGACGGGAGGACAGAGAGAUGUCUGCGCCGGAUUCCACUAACCUGAGCAGCUCCGUCAGCUACAACCAGAACUCAACACCGAACGGUGGAGCUGCGCCCCCCUAUCAGAAUGGUCCAGCACAGACAUACCCAUCCAUGUAUCCACCUACAGGCUACUAUGGAGCCCCACCUCAACAACAGAGCUACCCCACCAUCCCUGCCCACUCCACUCCUGUUCCAAACAAAGCGCCCAUUACGAACAGUGCCCACAGUGCUAACUACUACCAGAACAACCAUCAGCAGCAGCAGCAGCACCACCACCUCCCUCAGCAUCAUGUAGCACCCUCUCUAUACAGUGCUCCCCCGAGCUCUGCCCCUCCUUCUCAGCCAUACGCCACCCUCCCUUCUUCAGCACCUCCACCGCCAAACACCCAGUACAACCAACAACAGCCAUUCCAGCAGCAGCAACAGCAGCAUCCACCCUAUGCCACUCCAGGAUCCUAUUAUGGACAGCAGUCGUACCAUGCUCCCCCAGCACAGCAGCAGCAUCCCAGUUUGGUUCCUGCGCCAGCCAGCGGUCCUGGAGCUCCCCUCUACCCCAUUGUUUCAUACCCAUCAGCGCCAGGAAGUAGCCAGUAUGGCACCCUGAGUUCCUCGCAGAGCACCUCCACGCCUGGAGUCAUGCCCAUCCAGAUGGGUGCACCCCUUCACCAGUACAGCACCUCUCAGCCAGCCUCCACGACACCAGUGCAGCCCGGGUAUGGCGGGGGUCCUCCCAGUCAGAUGGUGCCAGCGGUCAAUGGUCAAGGAAGUACAGCUCAGACCACAGUCCACCAACACUAUCACCAAAGCCACAAGGCACCUCAGAGCUAUGACUCCUACGGCAGGCUCACUCAUAGCACUGGUGGUCCAGAUGGAGAACGGCUGCCCUCAGGAACCCCCUCCACUUCAGUUCAUUCCUCGCCGGGCCGCCACCAAGGCAUGCAGUAUGGAUAUGUUGCUAAUAGUGGAGCUAGCUCUGCCUCUGCCGCCACCUCAGGCCCAGCAACAGCUCCCUCGUCAUCCAGCUCUGAUGAUGAUGAUGAGGAGGAGGAUGAGGAUGAGGAAGCAGGUGGUGACACUUCCUCCUCCACCACUGGCAGUGCCUCUCCGGUGCCCAACAGCUAUGAUUCCCUCGAAGGAGGCAACUAUCCAGAUUCUAUGCCACCUUCUAAUGACAUGACCAACCAGGCUCAGUCCUACGGUAGCUAUGGUUACCCCAGCAUGCAGCCAGCCUAUCGGCAGGGACCGGCCUCCCACAGUGACUCUUCCCCAACUCACGACCUGUACGGCCAGUCAAGCUACCAGCAGUACUCCCAGCCGUUUCCGAACCUGUCCCAGCUGUCUGCGGCCCUGGGGGGACUGAGCGGGGUGCCAGAGCUGGAGGUGGAGGCCCUGAGGCCGGUCAACCUUCUGCAGGAGAGGAACCUGCUGCCCCCCAGGCCCUUGGAGGCCCCUGAACCCAACCUCAGCCCUGACCUCAGGAAGGUCAAUUGCAGUCCACAGACCUUCAGGUGUACACUGACUAGCAUCCCCCAGACCCAGGCUUUACUCAACAAGGCCAGGCUCCCUCUGGGCCUUCUCCUUCACCCCUUCAGAGACUUACAGCAAUUACCGGUGAUCACUUCGAACACAAUAGUGCGCUGUCGCUCCUGUCGCACCUACAUCAAUCCCUUUGUCACCUUCCUGGACCAGCGCAGGUGGAAGUGUAACCUCUGUUACCGGGUCAAUGAUGUUCCAGACGAGUUUAUGUACAACCCAGUCACCAGGUCGUACGGCGAGCCCCACAAAAGACCCGAGGUUCAGAACUCCACUGUGGAGUUCAUCGCCUCCUCAGACUACAUGUUGCGACCUCCUCAGCCGGCGGUCUACCUGUUUGUCCUCGAUGUGUCUCACAAUGCAGUGGAGGCAGGCUACCUGAAGUAUCUCUGUGAAUCACUUCUUGAUAACCUGGAUAAGUUGCCGGGGGACACACGCACCAGGGUGGGCUUCCUCACCUUCGACAGCACCAUCCACUUCUACAACCUCCAGGAGGGACUGUCCCAGCCACAAAUGCUGGUGGUGUCUGAUAUAGACGAUGUGUUCAUACCGUCUCAUGACAGUCUGAUGGUGAACCUGAAGGAGAGCAAAGAGUUGGUGAAGGACCUGCUGACCUCGCUGCCGGCCAUGUUCAGUCAGAGCAGGGAGACCCACAGCGCCCUCGGCCCAGCGUUACAGGCCGCCUUCAAGCUCAUGUCACCCACCGGGGGCCGCGUCACAGUUUUCCAGACCCAGCUGCCCACGCUGGGUGCUGGUAUGCUGCAAUCAAGGGAAGACCCCAACCAGCGCUCGAGUAGUAAGGGUGUGCAGAAUCUCGGCCCCGCCACAGACUUCUAUAAGAAACUCGCACUGGACUGCUCAGGACAACAGAUUGGGGUGGAUCUUUUCUUGCUCAGCUCCCAGUAUGCUGACCUCGCCUCACUGGCUUGUAUCUCCAAGUAUUCGGCGGGCAGCAUCUUUUACUACCCCUCCUUUCAUUACAUCCACAACCCGGCACAGCUGGAGAAGUUCCAAGGAGAUCUCGAGCGCUACCUCACCAGGAAGAUCGGCUUCGAGGCGGUUAUGAGAAUACGAUGCACUAAAGGUUUAUCCAUCCACACGUUCCACGGUAACUUCUUUGUGCGCUCCACCGACCUGCUGUCCCUGGCCAAUGUGAACCCGGAUUCUGCCUUCGCUGUCCAGAUGUCAAUCGAAGACUCUCUGGCAGACUCAUCGCUGGCCUGCUUCCAGGCUGCUCUGCUCUACACCUCCAAUAAAGGAAAGAGGCGUAUCCGAGUUCACACUCUGUGUCUGCCAGUGGUCAACCAGCUGAGUGACGUGUACGCUGGGGCUGAUGUCCAAGCUAUCACUUGUCUGCUGGCCAACAUGGCCAUCGACCGGUCGAUAUCAUCCAGCCUGUCGGAUGCUCGGGACGCCCUGGUGAACGCGGUGGUGGACUUGGUGAGCGCCUACAAAAGCAACGUGUCGAACCUGCAGCAGUCGGGCCUCGUUGUCCCCGCCUCCAUGUGCCUGUUCCCUCUCUACAUCCUCGCUCUGCUCAAACAGAGAGCGCUGCGGACGGGCACCAGCACGCGGCUGGACGAGCGGGUCUUUGCCAUGUGCGAGUUCAAGACGCAGCCGCUGCAGCAGCUGAUGCGGAUGGUUCAUCCUGACCUGUACAGGCUGGACAACAUGUCAGACCAGGGGGCGCUGCAUCUAAACGACACAGUGGUUCCACAACCUCACCUGCUCCACCUGUCCGCUGAGAGGGUGAGCAGAGAUGGAGCUUUCCUCAUGGACUGCGGAAAUGUGUUUUACCUGUGGAUCGGCAAAUGCUGCAAUGAGAUGUUUGUACGAGAUGUUCUGGGCUGCCCCAACUACGCUUCAAUACCCCCCAACAUGAGUCACAUUCCUGAGCUGGAGACUCCUCUUUCCGAGAGAGUGCGAGCGUUCCUCGACUGGCUGCAGGACAACAGAGCGUUCAGCUCAACAGUACACGUCGUCAAGGACGAUGCCUCAGUUAAAUCCACUUUCUUCCAGCACAUGGUGGAGGAUCGGUCAGAGUCUGCUUCUUCAUACCAUGAAUUCCUGCAGCACGUUCAGCUGCAAAUGUCCAAGUAGGCCACCAUCCACAGCGAGAGAAACCCUGGCCGCUAGAAUCCUCAGACCUGGCGUGAGGAAGGAUUUCAGCCUCGUAGAGUGAAAAUUAGCGUUAGCCAAAUGACGGACAACCAUCGCUUCCUCAGACCAGUUUUAGCGAGGUGGGUUACCUCCCCUUCCUUUUAACAGUCUUAUCAAACACAUCAACCCUCGAAGCUCAUUGGUCAGCUGUGAUUUGACCAUCAGAAGGGGAGGAGGGGAGGGGGAGUCGUUGUGGAGAAGAAUAAAGAUUUACAGGAAAAAAUGAAUGAAGGAUUUGUCACACGCUCCUCCAGCGUCUCCUCGCUGCCACUCAAUUACUGUCAAGCCCCCGGUUAUCCCUCCGUCAAAUCCAUCACUCAUGAGAACAGAAGGGGAAAGAAAGUCGAGCCAAGAAGAUGCCACUUCAGUACAUUUUAGUUUGACUUGUUUUCGUGAGCCUCACAUGUAGCUAGUGCUGUCCUUCUUUUUUUUAAUUUUUUUUUAUUUUAUAAUUUAUUCCCUUCCUCACUCCCUCGGUUUGAUUUUAAGACACUUUUGAAUACACUGGAGAACAGAAACAAGAAUUCCUUCUGUUGUUUUUCGGCAUGUGCUUUGAAAAUACGCAUGUCACCGUUUUUGUUUGCUGCUAGUCCCGAGGAAAGGCGACGACGACCGGGAAACACGAUUCAACGGUGGUCGGACGUUUGAACCCCACGCCAUCGGCUCCGCUCCCUCUUCUCUCCGCUCCGCUUUGUGAACUGGUUUUUGUCGAGCUCAAACUUCAGAAACAGCCCCCCACUGUCAACAAUCUUAUUCUCAUUUGUUUUAUUUUUUCCAGGCGCUAACUCGAGUUGCUAUCCACUUUGUAACUAUUGAGAAGAAUCUUUUAUGUGCGAUAAUUUAUGAAACAGCUUAUUAAAUAAAAAACAAAAACAGAACUCUGCUUCUUUCAUAUGGUGGUGGCAUUGAUGAACAGACAUUUGUGGUUUCAAACAGAAUUAUUUUCCAUUGGUAACAUUUACUGUCAGGCAUCUCAAGUUCCCACAUUUUCCAUCCACAAACUUGUCAGUGGUAUUAAUUUCUGCUGAAACGGGCCGACGUCGCUCCCCAUUCUCAGACAACAUGUCACUUUUCAGGAUAUUGACUAACUGCUCUAAUGUUUCGACACAUUACCAUUAACAUCUGCAACUUACUCCACCUCACAACUCUGAUCUUCUGACUACUACACAUUUUGUAAGACCCAACUAAAAAUACUUUUUGACCAAGUUUAUUCACUCAUUUAUUUCAUUUUUUUAUUUAUUUAUUUUCGGUAAAGAGUAAUUGUCUGUAUUUUUCAGUAUAAACUAACUGAAAAUCUGAACCUCUCCUAACUGCAUCAGUAAACAAUUAGGGUCGGGUUCUACUAGUUUAUACCUGAUUGAUCCGCCCCUCCAGUGUGGCAGUUCAGACCAGGUGUAAACACUUUUGAUGUCUGAACUACUUCUGAGAGACUAUAAACCGGCUCUCACAGAAAAUAAAGGACACACAUGCCAAAGUAUAAAAAGGAUGGUACAGACGUAAAAAAUGCUGCAGUUGGUUGAGUGUGGAUAAAUUUAGACGACUUGGAAAUUGUUGAAAUGUGUUUGCAGAGGUGACGCUGCAUCUUUGCUGCUUUGUUGUUUCCUUUUGGCAAACCUCAGUUAUUUAUCUUUUAUUAGAGACUGGUCUUAAAUCUUUAUUCCAAACUGCUGUUUUUUUUUUUCA